AUGGACGUCGUCCUCGAAGUUUGCGAUACCUUUCUGUUCGAUUACAUGUACCAAUGGGUGCUCCCAGCGCGUCCAGCUCCAUCCGGCCUCACAUCCCAGACCUUUGCCAAUGGCACUUCCAUGUCAACAUGGCAGUACAAGCCCGCGACAGAGUACCUGUACCUGACACCAUCACAAGCCGCAUAUGGCAGUUUAUGGGCUAGAGAUAACAUCUGGCGCCAAGGAGUGUCGCUGUUCCUCAUUCUCUGGAUCUUCGGCUUCCUAGUCUACUUCGUCUUCGCCUCCCUCUCCUACCUCUUCGUCUUCGACAAGAAAACCUUUGAGCACCCCAAGUUCCUCAAGAACCAAAUCUGGCUCGAAAUCAAGCAAGCCAACGAAGCCAUGCCCAUCAUGGCCCUCUGCACCGCCCCCCUCCUCGUCGCCGAGGUCCGGGGUUACGGCUUCCUCUACGACACGCUCGACGAAGCCCCCUGGCCGUGGUGGAACUGGUUCCAAAUCCCCCUCUUCCUCUUCUUCACCGACUUUGGCAUC